AUGGCAACCUCACUCGUGCACGAUACCGCUUUUGCCAACCUCGUCCGAUGGUGGUCGAGAGGGAAAUACUUCAAGCACCUCGACGAGCUGGACUCGUGGACCUGGACCCCUUCGGCCGACCAUGACACGUCGGCUUCAACUUCUAGUUCUUCACAUGCUAGCACCUUGCAAUUCCCUGAGACUGAGAAUGGAAAAGAAUCGAAAUCCAUCCAUGAUUUCGAAACUGGGAAUGGGAAUGGGCCCAUGCCUAUUUCUGUCCUCGAAACGAAAGGGCCCCAGAUGGUGACAUGGGCUGGCCGGCACGAUACGGAGAACCCUCUGAACUGGCCCGUGGCCAAAAAAUGCUUCGUCACUUUCAUCAUCUGCUUCUUCGAUGCCGCAGUGUACAUUGGCUCGUCGAUCUAUUCCACCGGCACCCAAGAUAUCAUGCGCACCUUUGGAGUAUCGCAGGUUGCGGCCACGCUGGGCCUCUGUCUCUUUGUGGCCGGCUACGGGGUUGGACCGAUGCUUUUUGCUUCCAUGAGUGAAGUGCCUCUCAUCGGCCGCAACCCCGUUUACAUCGGCACGCUGGUGGUGUUUGUCGUGCUUCAAGUGCCCGCGGCCAAGGCCUCGAGUUUCGGGAUGCUCCUCGCCUUUCGGUUUUUGACCGGCUUCUUUGGCUCGCCGGUGCUGGCCACCGGGGGUGCUUCGCUGGCAGACAUCUGGUCUCCGGCCAAGCGGGCAUAUGCCAUCUCGCUUUGGGGGGUGGCUGCUUUUUUCGGGCCGACGAUUGGUCCCCUCAUCGGUGGCUUCGCUGUCGAAUACGCACCCACGACCGACACCUUCUCCGCUCCAUGGACAUGGCCCCUUUGGAUCUUGCUCUGGCUCUCGGCCUUCUGCCUGGUAGUGUUGUUCUUCUUCCUGCCCGAGACAAGCGCGAACAACAUCCUCCUGCGCCGCACCAUUCGCCUCCGCCGGCGUGCCCACCUGGACAAGCACCAACUCACCUGCAAACCCGAGCUAGAUCAGGAGCACAUGACGGCGCGGGAUAUUGUCACCAUGGUGCUUGUGAGACCACUGACUCUCAACUUUACUGAACCAAUGGUCCUUCUACUCAAUCUCUAUAUCGCCCUCAUCUACGGACUGCUCUACAUCUGGUUCGAGUCCUUCCCGAUCGUCUUCAUCGACAUCUACCACUUCAGCCUCGGCACGUCCGGUCUCGCAUACCUCGGCCUCCUGAUCGGCAUGUUCAUCAUCUGCCCGUGCUACUUUGUCUACUUGUACCUCUACCUCGAGCCCCGGUUCGACGCCAAUGGCAACAUUCGACCCGAGGACCGGCUGACGGCGUGUUUUUUUGGGUGUUGGUGUAUUCCGAUCUGCCUCUUCUGGUUCGGCUGGACCGCCCGCCCCGAUGUCCACUGGAUCGUCCCCAUCAUCGGCUCGUCCUGGUUUUCGUUCGGGGCCUUUCUGCUCUUCAACAGCAUUCUGAACUACUUGCCCGACGCCUAUCCCGAGUACACCGCCUCGGUGCUCGCCGGCAACGACCUGAUGAGGAGCGCUUUUGGCGCCGGCUUUCCGCUAUUCGCCACCGCCAUGUACCGAAACCUAGGGGUGGGAUGGGCGAGCAGCACUCUAGGAUUCAUCAGUAUUGCCUUUAUUCCCAUCCCGUUUGUGCUUUACAAGUACGGCGAAACCCUACGCAAGAACUUCAGCAAGCAUGCCCGCAAGGACAUUUGA